AUGGCUUCUGUGCAUUACGCUGCUGGGCUUCCGAGAAAAUAGAUUUCCUUCUUGAUUUGGUGAGAAAGUAACUGCAACACUGCGGCCCAUGAGGAGGCAGCAUCACUGACCCCAGUGAGAGCAAUUCACGGUGUGGAUUACUUAGUAUCGGAGCCUUUCCACAUCCGUGAGCAGAUCCUGCAGCUAACAGCACUUCGGGGAGCACAAACCACUCACCAGCCCAGAAAUGUCUCUCCCUCUCCUCGUGGCAAAUCAAAGGCUGUGUAUUAACACCUAGCCCUGAUCUAGCACUUUUCUUCUAGCAUUAACCCCCAGACCUGCAAUGCCCAGCACAAUGGAGACCCACCCCAAGAGCCUGGACGGGAGUGAAAAGUCCCCUGAAUCCAAGGAUUUGAUCACUAGCAACACGGCCAGCACGCUGUGCAUCAGCUCCAGGAGCGAGUCCGUCUGGACCAACACGCCCAGGAACAAGUGGGAGAUCUACCACAAGCCCAUCGUGGUGGUGUCUGUGGGAGGCGCCAUCUUUCUCUUUGGAGUGGUGGUCACCAGCCUGUCCUGUUUCAUAACGACCAAUGUGGUUGUUUAUAAAAUGUGCGGCCCGGCUUUCCUGUCCCUGGGGCUGAUGCUGCUGGUUUGCGGCUUCGUCUGGAUCCCUGUCAUCCGGAAGAAGCAGCGGCAGAGGCAGAAGUCACACUUCUUUCAGAACAUCAAGUCAUUCUUCUUUAACCGCUGAGGCCUGCUCAGGCUCAGCACUCACAGGUGGCCAGCAAUGCCUCUUUCAGCCUGGCUGGAUUUGCCAUGAGAUUACUAGGGCCUGAUCCUGCUCUCAGACAUGCCUAGUGGAUCCCCAACUUUGACCUUCUCCUCUCCCCAUAGGUGAAAUUCACCCCCCUGCAGGUCCUCUGUGGGCAAGUAAAUUUCACACCAUGUGCUAGGAGGCAGAAUACUGGCAUUGGGACAAGCAGGUUAGGCCCAAGCCCUAGAUUUUGCUCUUGACUGUAUAUUGAGCAAACCUGCAAACAUUGACCGUGUCUUAUAGAGGACAAAGCUUUGAACUGUAUUCAUCAACCCCCGGCACCUGUACUGCUGAACCCCUGUCUGGGACGGUCUAGGCGUACUUGGCCUGCCUCAGCCCAGGGGGUUGGACUUGAUGACCUCUCAAGAUCCCUUCCAGCCCUACAUUUCUAUGAAUGGGAUUUCACUAGAAAAUGUAAACCUUUACUCAAGUGAAUGACUCUUACUCACGGGAGCAGUCCCAUGGAUUUGAAUGCCACUACUUGUGUGAGUAAGAGUCACAGGUCUGACAGGGUAUAGCCUAAAAGGAUUUCCGCUGUUCAGGAUGUGCUGUGUUCAUAGAGGAAAGAGGACUACUCUAGGAAGGGAUUGGAUUGUUUUCCAUAGCCAUAUGGCUACUACCCCUCUCUUGCUAAGAUGACCAAGCACAACACUACAGCUAUAGAUGAUCCAUAGCGCCAGGAUAGCUCAAUGGGAUUUGGAGGAGACAGUGCAGUCAGAAUGCUCUGCAAGGGCAAAUGGAAUCAUUUCUUUCUAGCUAACUGUGCAUUGGACCGCAGAGGAUACAUCCAGAACGAUACACACGCAAGAUCCACAGCUGAGAAUGAAAGGACUUAGAUGGGGAUGUUUAUGAAGUUCAUCUCAUAACUGUCACUAUGAAACGAGUGCCCGUGUGCAAUGCUGCUCCAAAGGGCAUUCCAAUAUGUUGCUUACUCACAACUUUCUGGUGACGUGGGGUGAUAUUUAUUUCUACCUAAACUGCCAGGCUGAAGAGCAACUGAGCAUCAGAAGUAGCAUUUCUCUGUUCAAUUUUACAGAUUAUCUUUAAGAAAUUUCAUUCCUCAAGGUCUCUGGAUGCAAGGCUGUGUUGCACCAACUGCAUAUUUAUCUCGGUUUGGGGUGAUUGUCUCUGUCAUGAUGGAUUCCAGCACAGCAGAAAUCUCAAACAUUCCACCUGGGUGGCACAAGAGCAAAUGUAAAUGAGAUGCCUUGUUUAACUCAAGUCCAUUGAACUCCUAUUGUUAAUAAUGAUGUACCCUGAGAAAUUUACCUACAAAGGCGGGAAUCAUUCCCAAAUAUUUUUGGUUAAUAUUGUAGUUGCCUUUUUUCAGUGGGCCCCAGUUAAUUUUAAAAAAACAUGUAAAUACAGCAUCCCAACUGCAAAUCCAACUGUGCAAUUGGCAUUUGGUUUGGAUAAAAUUUUUACAAAUAGUUGCCUAGUUCGUAGUUAGGAACCUACAUAAAUUGCCUGAUUUUCAAAAAUAACAGGAGUCCUUGUGGCACCUUAGAGCAGAGGUCAGCACGUGAGCCACUCUGCCCACCGCCACUCUGGGGUUCCCGCUGCUGGCCCCUUGCCAGCCGGGGUACUGCCAGCCGGGGUCCCACUC